CAUUUUUAUUUUGCCGCUCUACUCCUCCUUCGGCUCCUUCCCCCAAAUACACACUCUAAAUCACACACAUUCACUCUCCAAAUCAAUCCUUUAAAAAGCUUCAAUUUUUUCUCUUGAUUCUUCAACCCAUUGAGCUUUUAUCAGUUAAUCAGUCGUUUUCUCAUCUGGGUAUUCAAAAUCUUGAAAAUUUCCUCUCUUGAUCUCAUUCUUGUGAUCACUUGAUUUGAAGGCGAUCAAAAUCAGGGGUUUAUUUUUGGGUUUUAAAGUUAAUUGAUCUGUUUUUGUUGGGUUUAAUGGGUGAUCUAAAUGAUAAGGGAUCGGAUUGUGAUGAUAUGAUGAAUAGCAAAAGCAGCCCAGAAAGAAGUGGGUCAACUACAUCCGACGGUGGAAGUUUGAUCAAAACUUGUGUUGAUUGUGGGACCUCCAAAACCCCACUUUGGAGAGGUGGCCCUGCUGGUCCUAAGUCUUUAUGCAAUGCUUGUGGGAUCAAAAGCAGAAAGAGAAGGACAUUGAUGGGCAUAAAAAAAGAUGAUAAAAAUCCAAAGAAACCCAUGAUUGAUGCCAGCUCAACAUGUAGUGGUGAUAGUCAAAGUAGUGGUUUGACCAGUAUCAACAAUAGUAACAGUAAUAGUAAUAUGGGUGAUUUUUGUUUGAAGAAAAGAUUAGUAAAGUUUGGGUCAGAAGUAGUGAUCCAAAGACCAAGAUCAAAGAUUAGAAAGCAGAGGAAAAAGGUUUGUGAGGAAGAACAAGCUGCAUUUUUGUUGAUGGCUUUAUCUUGUGGUUCUAUUUUUGCUUGAUCAAGAAAAUUGGAGAAAAAAAGGCAACAUUUUUGGUUAAAAAAUUAAGGAAUGAGUGAUGAUAAUUGAGACAAAUUCUAUCAUUUUCAAGUAGAGAAAUGUGGUAACUUAUUGUUUAGAUUAAUUGUUUUAUUGUUGUAUUUUCAAAUUGUCUCUUGAAUCUUGAUGAUUCAAUUUUUGUUGGCAGAGAAGAAUGUGAUUAGUUUAUUUAAGAUCAAUUUUGAAA